AUGGGCGUUGUGAACGAGAAGCUUACUCAUUAUGAAAAAAAAUUGAAGAUACGACCACCAAUGCCAACACUGCCUUGCACAUUUACAAAUUCACUUCUUUUCGUAUGUUCAACAAUAACAACGAUUGGUUACGGAUACAUCUACCCGGUAACGAGAGCUGGACGAUAUCUGUCCAUUUGUUGCGCACUUUUUGGCAUUCCUUUCACAAUACUCAUAAUCAAAGAUCUCGCCUAUCUACUCGCCAAGAUACUCAACUACCCAUGCGUACUUCUCGCAUAUCUUUGGCAUUUAUUUCGUUACUGCACUCUACAACCAGUUGAUGAAACCGAAUUACUGCGACGUAUUCAUGGCGAGAAGGCUGAGCCGAGAUCUGACUUCAGGUUAAAUACUAUGGAUCGACUGUUAGACAUCCCAGUGGUGGUCGCAAUAAUGGCUUUAAUAGGAUGGACAACCGUAGGAUGUAUCAUCGUUCACAUACAUCUUCCACAAGUGGAAUCAUCCCUAGCGUUCUAUUUCAUAUUCAAUUCGCUAACCACUAUCGGUGUGGGAGACGUGGAUCCCGGAGAGAAUCCUUUUCUACUUUUAUCACUCUUCGCAUACUUAUUGGUAGGUCUUUCGAUCGUUUCACUCUUCAUUAACCUUAUGCACACCAAAUUCAGCAGAGUGUAUUGGCUACCGGGACGUCUCUACAUGCGACUGCCAACGCACUCGUCACGACAAACAACCGCAAACAUUGAUAUUGCAAGUUUUGAUAGCUACGAUGAUGAAUUGAACAAUAUCUCCGAUUGCCCACUUAAUCAUUAUGUGACACUUGGAGUGUUACAAACCGAUGAUAAAUGUCCGCUGAUAGGAGCAAUUCGAAAAGAGCAUGCGUAUAUCGAUGCUGAUACGCAGACAAUACCUGGAGAACUACCGAUGCUACAAAGACAUCGUCACAUACCAAGUCCUGAUGCACUCAUCAUUCAAAAACCUUUCACAUCAAGGGAUGAUGUCAAUGAUUUAAUUGUUGAAACAUACGGUGGACGACCACCGCGAAUUAUAACGCGAGUAAAUAAAUGA